AAUAAAUCAUAAUUGAAGUGGCCAAAAUCGUAAAUCGCAAAUCGCAAACCUGAAGAAAGAGAGUGAAGCAAGAAACGGCAACACCAGAAUCGCAAAUCGCAAGCAGGAAGAGAAAGAAGUGGGAACAAUGUCGUUUAUGAAAGGAGAUUUGCUUUCUCGGUCCAGAAAGCUCGUCAAGGGUUUGGCCAUGGCCGAACCUGUUUGGCUCAAAGCCAUGGAACAGGCACCACCAGCAACAUUUCCUCGACCUGAGGGUAAACUGCAUACCAUCACUUUUCCUGAAGAUGUUUAUGUCAAGAGGUUUUAUAAAAAAUACCCAGAAUCAAAAUACCAUCAUCCCAUCAAGUUUUCUGCUAUCGAUCCUGCUCCGUCUCGAUUAUUUGCAUUAAGGGUUCUUGAGUUAAAAGAGCAUGGCAUUAGUGAGGAUGAAGCAAUGGAAGUAGCAGAUAUGGAAUAUAUAGCAGAGAAGAAGGCUAAGAAGAAAGCAUAUGCCCGUCUGAAGCAAAUUGCGCGCCUUCAAGGGAAGAAACUGCCUCCAAACCCAUUUCCUUGUCCUGUCAAGGAGAUUCAAGCUGAGGAGAGGAAAUUUGUUCGUGAUCGUUUCUUCAAUCCCAGCAUACGUGAACUUGUGAAGCAAAAGAAAGAGGAAUCCAUGCAGAGAUUCGGAGGAGAUAAUUGGUGAUUUUCAGGGUAAACUUGAACAAUAUAUUGAAACUUUGGCUCUUGAGCAAAUGACCUUUGCAAUAAUAAUACAAUUCAGUCCGUCACUAUAAAGGGCAUACUUCUGACCUAAUACUAUUUAGGUAUUUUAUUGUAAUUUUUAAAUCAACUCUGCUAGAAAGUUUUGCCAGAAUUUCAUGCAAGUUUUCGCUUUGGUUUAGGCCUAUAGCUGCUGUCUUGUGUAAAGGUCUUUGUUUUUUUGCCAGUUUGUUCAUCAAGCAGUUUUCGUCGGCUUUUUCUGCAUUUAAAAUUAUGAAAUGCUUCCUCAAUAAAGAUGCAUAGAUUUGCCAUUA